AUGGACGUAGACGCACUGGACUCGAUCUCAGCGUCGGUGAAGAAGAUGAGCUUGGGCAAGUCGAAGCCGUUUCUGAUAAAGAAACACAUCAAGUUGUUGCAUCAUUGUCUGAAGAUUCUGCCCAAUGCCUACUUGAGUUUGGAUGGAAGCCGGUAAGUUUUUAUUGUUUUUUUUUUGUUUUUAGGUUGCAAUUGAAGUAAAUGAACUUAUUUAAGUGUAAGGGGAUCUACUUUUUUAUUAAAACUUGGGGUGUUUGAACAAAAUGUUUCUCCUUGGUUUUUAAAAUGUUGCCCUUGUGUAAAUAAAUUGACUCAUAGCUGUUGUAGUGUAAAUACGUUGGGUUGAUAGUAAAGUUAUUUAUUGUUUGUUUAAAUAACAGUAUUUACAUAUGUUUAGGCCGACUUUGUUGUUCUUUUGCAUAAGCGCGAUGGACAUACUGGAUCAAAUGGGAGAUCUACCGGCCGAACGGAAGAGGGAUAUGAUUGAGUAUCUUUACCGACUUCAAAUUACCUCAAAGAAUGGUAAGAAUUAACUUUUGGCAAUAUUUAUGUUUAUAUUAUUUUUGAAAACUACAAUUUUUAUUUUCUAACUGUGGCUUUAGAAGUGCCAUCAGAAUCAUACGGAUUUCGAGGCCAUAUAUAUUCGUAUUUGGAUCCCGUGUCGAAUACGGAAGUGAUCUCAGAGUACGAGUCAGCUCACAUUGCUCAAACAUACAGUGCAUUAUGUUGUUUGUUAAUUCUUGGCGAUAACUUGGAACAAGUUGAUAGAACAGCGACAUUGAGUGCGUUGCGACAAUGUCAACAGCCGGAUGGAAGGUACGUUAAGGUUUUUUGUUUUCUUAGUCAGGUUAUAGCGCACUUUUGCUUUGUCUUCCGGUUUUUCUUGUUUUUUUUGUAGUUAUAUAGACUUAUGUUUUGUUAAACAAGGUACAUAAACAUGGUUUUACACUAAAAAUAAUUUAAGAAAAGUAGGUAGAUUAUAGUUUUUUGCUAUUUUCGUAUUUUGAUGUGAUUAUGUUUUAGUUUUUCGGCUUUUUCAAAUCAGUCAGAAAGCGAUAUGAGAUUCGUGUUUUGUGCUGUAUCAAUUUCCUAUAUUCUCAACGAUUUCUCAUUUAUCAACGUCGAUCUUUUGUGUGACUUUAUUCAAAAAAGUGUCAGUUAUGAUGGUGGUAUUGGCCAGGGACCAAAGUUUGAAAGUCAUGGUAGGUUUCUUGAUCUUAUUGGUAUAUUAUGUAAAAAACUUUAAAAGUUUGUAUGCAAAGUUUUUUGUAAAAGAACUCAUAGGUUGUUUAAGUAAUUCUGUGCUCCGUAGCUCUGAAAAUUUGCGUUGAGAGGAAAACAGAAUUAUUUGAAUUUUUUGUUAAAAUUAUUUAAAUCUUAACUUUUUAGGUGGGUCAACGUACUGUGCUAUUGCUAGUCUAUGCUUAAUGGGCAGACUGUGGGAUUACUCAGUGUUGAGUAAGAAACAAUUGGAAAAGUUAAAACGAUGGGCGCUACAGAAGCAAGAUGUCGGAUUUCAUGGAAGACCAAACAAGCCUGACGACAGUUGUUAUGCGUUCUGGGUGGGAGCUACCUUGUGGGUAAGAUGCUGCUUUUUUAGAGGAAGUUAACAGUUUUUUUAAAAUUAGAUGUUUCAGGAUAAUAUUAAUACCUAAUAUGAAUAAGUAAAAUUUAAAAAUUGGUUUAUAUUGUUUUAAAAUUUUUUGUUUUUAAUUCAUAAAUUCAUAUAAAAUUAACGUUAUAGAUGCUGAAUGCUCACCACUUGGUUGAAGAAAAGAGCCUCAGGGGAUUUCUGAUGGAAACUCAAGACGAUUGUAUUGGUGGUUUUGCCAAAUAUAUUGACUCUAACUCAGGUACGGUAUUUUCAAUUUUAAUAAGGAAAAAAUUUUAUUUAAUAGUGACAAAUCUAUAUAAAGACUCUCAAAGAAACUAAAAAAUAUUCAUUAUUCGGAGGGUUCUUUAUAGGGAAAUUAAACAGGUAAACCUCCCACUAGCACAAAAAUACAGAAACUUCUUUAUACAGAGGGUUACGUUAUAGGACAGGCAUUUAUAUGGAGAUUUCACAGUAUUUUUAUUAUCCUUAGCUUUUCAACCUUAAAAUUAAAAAAAAACCAAAGUAUAUAACGUAUUGUACAAAAAUUUUCUUCAGACAUACUGCACACGUACUUUGGUAUCGCGGCCUUAUCCAUUUUCGGAGAAGCGGGUCUCUGUCCCGUCUACCCACCUCUCAACAUACCAAUGCGCGCUUUUGAACAUUUGUGUAAAUUGAACCGCUUCCAAACAUAA